CCACUAACUUCAAUUCCCAAAAGAUUUUCAAAUAAAGCCAACUCCCCCCCUCCUUUACAACCUAUAUAUAAACCACAACUCCACAUCCAAAAACACUCAUCCAACCCUAAAAAACACACAACCAAUGGCUCCAUUAUUCGCCUUGGUGUUCAUCUCACUCCUCUCUCAUUCCAUCGGCGACGAUCGGGCUCACGGCCUAAGCAGUGAGCCCCCCGUCGCGGUCUCCCCCGAGGCAUUCGCAUUUUUCAACCCGGGCCGAGCCAACCCGUGUGACUCAUCACAUUGUUCCACAUUGCCCCUAGCAGCCACCGUGAAGUCGGCCCCGGCCCACGAGAGCCGGAGCCCCCCCAGCGGCGGCCACGGGCUGGGAGCCGGCGGCAUUGCCGGCAUUUCCCUAAGCUUCCUGUUCGUGGCCCUCGCCGGAAUCGGAGGUUACCGAGUGAUGAAGAAGCGGAAAGCUAACCUCCACAGAGCCAAAUCGGAGCAGCUCGGCGAGGUUUGAGAUGGAAGCAAUUUGCACCAUGCCAUUUGCCUUCUAAUAUAUGUAGUUGUGUAAUUUUCUCUCUUCAUAAUUUAGUUUAGUAACAUGGUGUAAUCUUUUCUUACAUAUGAAAUAUUUUGACGACGACUUUCUACUUGUAUGAAAUUCUCUCCAUCUAGUUUUCUUAUCA